AUGUCUGGAUACUACGGCGGAGGGCCCCCUCAGCAGGGCGGCUAUGACAACUACGGACAGCAGCAAGGUCAGUAUAACCAAGGCCAGGACCAGUACCAACAGCACCAACAGCACCAGCAGCCAUACGGGGGCCAGCCUUACGGUGCUCCCCAGCAAGGUGGCUACUACGACCAAGCUCCCCAGCACCAGCAGCAAUAUGGCGCUCCUCAGCACUCUGAUAACAGAGAUCAACCGCAGUAUGGUGGCGGGUUCCCUCCCACGGGCCAGCAGCCGUAUCACGGUGAGAGUAACGCGUACUACGGUGGUGCUCCACCACAACAUGGCGGCAUGCAAGGGGCGUCUGCAUACCCUCAGGGACCAGGUGGUCCAGGUGGUCCAGGAGGUCCAGGAGGUCCUGAUGGUGAGAGAGGACUGGGAACGGCGUUGAUCGGGGCGGCAGGAGGUGGGUUCAUGGGCAACAAGCUUGGCGGAGGGGCGUUGGGCACCAUCGGUGGCGCUGUUAUCGGUGCUGUGGGAGCUAACGUCGCCGGACAUGCUAUUAAGGACCAUAAGAAGAAGCACAAGGGUGACAAGCACCACAAGAAGGACAAAAAACACAAGAAGGAAAAGAAGAGAGGCCAUGGUUCCGGGUCCUCGUCCUCUGACAGCAGCGACAGCGAUUAG